AUGGAGGGACAUGGCAGAGAGGCGUCCGCCAGUAUUGGGGAUAAUGUCGAGCAGGUCUCACCCGCUGUAUCGGAAAACACUGCUCACAUCAUCGUAACCGACGUUCACGGCACCGCGACUAUCCACCUCCCUCGUGACAAAACCCAGAAAGUCAACUUUCACCAUCAUGGGGUCAUCAAAAGCACCAUCGCCAUCGAGAGAGACACCGCACGCCCUGAAUUAGUACUAGUUUACAUCCAGGAGGGCGUAGCCCCCAGGAUCUGGUUCGGUGAGCCAGUACUAACGCCAACAAUGAAGGUUUUAUUCCCUUUGUGCCAGACCUACAUCAUGAACCGGUUCGAUAAGAUGAAGGCGACCGCAGAAGACUUCACCCAGUAUAUGCGAUCAAAAUUCGAAAGCUCUUGGGUGGGGUCCCAUGAAAUUUUCCAUCAUACGGGGUACCAACUUGUCCACACAAAAGGAAAACCAACUAUCGUGCUACAGCACGGCGGAAGGACUGUGAUCGUCAUUGCAGGUCUGGGAGAUGCCUUGGCAGUCACCAAGGUACCCAAUGGGCACCAGGAGCCUACCCGUAGGACUCAGGAUAUGGAGAUGUUUGAGGAGGUUAGCGAAUGCUCGAUUUGCUUGGAUCCCUACGACACAGACCACCUUGCGGUUCGUCUGCCCUGCGGCCACUACUUCGGAAAAGACUGCAUUUUAGGAGUAAUCCAGCACUCCUCAAAUACGCAGGCACCGCGGUGCCCCAACUACAGGGCUACGAUUCAGGGCGCAUGA